UUGUUCUUCUUCUCCGGCGACGACGCGCAGCAACGCCGUUCCGGGCCGCGACCUAGCAAUGUCGAGCUUCGCUUCAGCCUCCCGCCGCUCAUGGCCGCGCUAUGGCGCAGUGCCCAUGACAAGGUGCCCUGCAUGCCCACGUACCGCACCCCUGAAGCGGCUACUCACAACGACCGAUAAGAAUGGCAACCUUGGGCGGGAAUUCGUAAAAUGCGAGAGCAAACCAGAGCAGAGAAAGAAAUUGAAGCAAUGCACCCAUUUUGAGUGGCUAGAUGAGUACAUAGAGCGGAUUCAAUUGGAGGGUGCAUCAGGGGAGCUCGAUUUACCGUUGGAGGUGGAGAAGUUGGGCAAGUUUGGAUCGGGUGCGUCUGGAUCUGGGGCCCCUGGAUCUGCCCAUUCCAUUGGGGCUACUGUGGGGGAUGUAGGAGUGACGGCAGAGCUGAAGAAGCUGAACAAGCAGAUGAAGAAACUCAUCGAAUUGCAGAAGCAGGGCAAUUUGAUGGGGCUGAUGGCCGGACUUUUUUAUGUUUGUGUAAUUGCUCUCGCAUUUGUUUAUGUGAUGAUAAUUAGUCGUAAGUGAAUAGAUUGGGCAUCAUUUGUAGUCGUAAUGAUAUGUAUAUUUGAAUAAAAGUGUUGCGCUG